CGCACGUGUACAUUUCUCGGCAAUCUCAAUGGUUUGUCUUCAUGAGAUUAAAUUAAGUUCACAAAUUGGAGUGCAGUGCAGCUGAGGCGGCAUGACUCUCCCAAUGCCUCGGAGUGAUUCCACCGGGCAGAUAUGGAUCGUGCAUCAAGAUCAAUCUUCACUUCUUCAGAUUCUCGACUGAGAAGAGGCUGUUCUGUUUGAAUCGGCAGGGUUGGAGGGUGUGUUGCAAGGGUUUGACUUGAACACGUGAAAUUGGAGAGUGAGAGAUCGCCGUAGUACUCUCGUACACGCCGGGGGAAUGUGACCUGAACCAGUUUGAUAUAAAUGUGGUGAAAGGACCUUCAGGCCCAGCCCAGAAUGUUCAUGGCUUCUCAUUACAGGCUCGUUCCAGUGAAGAAACCCUCAUUCAGAGAACAGCCGAAGAUGACGAGGUUGCGAGGAACACCAGGACUGGUGUUGCUGGUCAUGGUCAUGCUGUGUGCGUGUUUUGGGACAGUUCAAGCCGCUUAUCAUCUUCCUCACGCUAACACGCUGCUUCUCCGUUAUGAAUGUCCUGAAGCAUUGUUUGUGUUCGGAGCUUCGAUGGUGGAUACGGGAAAUUUCCUUGCCUCUCUCCCACAUACCGGUACCCUGAGCGUGGAGUCAUGGCCGUAUGGCAUGAAUUUCUUCGGAGUUCCGUCUGGGCGCUUUGCCGAUGGCAGAGUGUUGGUGGAUUAUUUCUCUCAAGCCUUCCAAUUUCCUCUAUUGACGCCUUACUUUCGAAGCGUUGCUGCUGAUUUCCGCCGAGGAGCCAACUUUGCUUAUGCUGGAAGCCCGAUUCUCGACAACCCUGUUUCCUUGAUUCGUUACCAUAUCAAGGUCCAAGAACAGCUGUUUCUCAAGUUUAAGAAAGAUGCUCUCGGAGUCCUAAAACAAUCCUCCACAGGGAUCGUGUCGUGUAAAACUGCGUUUCUUCCACAAAGUGAAGAAACGUUCAACAAAGGGCUGUACAUAUUCAGAUACAAUCUGAGGAACGACUUUGCAGACCUUUUGAGGACAGGAGCCAUCUCCCUGUCUGAAGCUAGGGAUGUCUACAGUGCAAAACUUGCUGCGGCCAUCGGAGACACGGUCCAGUCUAUGUAUGGGAAUGGGGCCAGACAGUUCUUUCUGUUCAAGUCGCCGGCUUUGGGUUGUGCUCCGGAGCUUCUGACGGUAUACGCCAACGACACAUCACUCCACAAGAGUGAGCACGGAUGUGUGCGAGAGUUGAACGACAUCUCCGAUGCUUUCAACGCCCAUCUGGUCACAGUGGCCAGCAACCUUCGGGCAAAUCUCUCCGAGGCAAUCAUCUUCCUCUUCGACUUCGCUGCCGCCCAGAGAGAAGUUUGGGAUGCUCCUUCCAAGUACGGAUUUGCGAAGGAGAAGCUGCUGAGGGCGUGUUGCGGAAUCGGAGGAAGGUACAACUACGACAAGAGCCGCUCGUGCACCGCUGCGUACACGGAGAACGGGCAGUCGAAGACGGUCGGCGCUUGCGCCGACCCAGAUCAGCAUGUGAACUGGGACGGCAUCCACGACACGGAAGCUUAUUCGAGGGUCAUGGCCACGUUCGCGCUGACGGGUCAGUUCCUGGACCCGCCCUUCAACCUAAAAGAGAAGUGCCACCUGGACUUCAGCAAGUUCCGCGGCGCCAACGUCACAUCUUCGUACCCGGAUUUCAUCUUCCCUUCCUGAACUCAACUGGUGGCGCCGGUCGACGCUUGUAGCUAUCCAGAUUCUCUUACUCCUCUGGUUUGCACCUGAGGUUAGGAUCCGGCUGGCUACCGUAUACUGUACAGACAAAAUUUAUGUGGGGAUGUUUCUUCAGUCCUUCUGCCUGCCUCCUCCACUGCCGUCAAGUCCCCGAGCUUUGCUCUGCUCCAGACUCCAGCCUGACCAGCACCCGGCACUAACCAGGCUCUAACCAGCUUGGUGUACAUUGAGUAGGGAUCGAGGCACGAGAUGGUAUUUCAUCCCGUCCGUCCCGUCGAGAAAAGAUUGGGAGACGCGUGGAAUAAAAGCGCCAUGAAAAGCAAGCUACCAGGAGGCCAAAAGACAAGGACAGAGCAGUGAGUGAUGAUCAGGAGUGACAUGCCGUACAGUCCAACAUGCCUCCCAGAAGAAGAUUCCCUUCCAAGGAUUUAUUAUCAUCGAAUUUUGAAGUCUCGUUCUUAAGCGAAUUUUGACUAUGUGGGUUUGAGCUCGUCCAUUCUCUUGGAACUCUGUCUGCCACUGUUUCCUGUUGUGCUGAAUGAGCGAAUUUUUCAGUGGUGCUCCAAUGCUUCUGAAGAUGUAAUCUGCAGCAAUCACAUUUAAUUCUUGCACAUCGACCUUCAGGGGUUCAAGCCCAAACGGCAAAGGCU